GCGGAACCGUUUCAUUCCAUCGUGUGCCGUCGGAAGCUGUCUUCCAUGUAAAAAUUCUCUUCCCGUGUGUGGUUUUGCCGUCGUCCCAGCAGCAAUCUCCCGUUUCCCUGCAAGUAGCAGCAAUCGGACAAAGAUUGCCGGUAGCACACGUUGUGAUCGCCCAGCAGCGUACAUAGGAAAUUAGAGACAGCGCCCAAACAUGACGACCGGUGCCAAGACGGAAUCCGCGUCGGAGUGCGAGGUGCCCGACUUCGUCGAUGCGCCCGGCUACCUGGACCCGUUCUCGCGCCGCUAUAUGAUGAAACAGUUCAUCCAGUCGCUGCCGGAAGCGGCCCAGCAGCGGGUGAACGCGCUGAAGCAUCUGCAGGUCGAGUACACCAAGUUGGAGGCGAAGUUCUUCGAAGAGGUGUACCAGCUGGAGUGUAAAUAUCAGCAGCUCUACCAGCCGAUCGUCGACCGGCGAAAGGAGAUCGUGUCCGGCAAGGCCGACCCGACGCCGGAGGAGGCGGCCUGGGUGGAUCCACCGCGCAAGAAGGAGGACGGCGAGGACGAGGAGGAGCAGGAGGAGGAGGACGACGAGAUUAACGAGAAGCUGAAGAAGAUGGCGCUCAACUACCACAAGGAGCUGCCGGCGAACGGGCAGGGCAUCCCGAACUUCUGGCUAAUGGUGUUCAAGAACACGGAAGCGCUGGCAGAGCUGGUGCACCCGCACGACGAGCCGGUGCUGGAGUACCUGCGCAACCUGAACAUCGUGUACGAGAAGGAGCCGAUGUCGUACGUGAUCGAGUUCCACUUCGACCCGAACCCGUACUUCAAGGACACGGUGCUGACGAAGAAGUACUUCCUGCGCUGCAAAAUCGACAGUGACGAGCCGUUCAGCUUCGAGGGGCCGGAAAUUUUCAAGUGCACCGGCUGCCCGAUCAACUGGAACGCGGGCAAGAACGUGACGGUGAAAACGAUCAAGAAGCAGCAGAAGCACAAACAGCGCAACGCCACGCGCAUGGUGAUGAAGACGCAGCCGACGGAAUCGUUCUUUAACUUCUUCUCGCCGCCCCGCGUCCAGGAGGACGACACGAUAGACCCGGAAACGCAGUUCCUGAUCGGGCGCGACUUCGAGGUCGGACACUUCCUGCGCGCCCGCAUCAUCCCGAAGGCCGUCCUGUACUACACCGGCGAGGUGGUGGACGAUGACGACGACGAGGAUGAUGAGGAGGAGGAGGAGGAAGAGGAGGACGACGACGAGGAUAUGGAGGAUGGGGAUGAUGAGGAGGACGAGGAGGACGACGAUGACGAUGAGGAGGAGGAAAGUGCACCGAAGCCACCGGCGGCGGCGAGCAAUCGGGCGAAGAAGGCGAAGGGUGGCCGUGGAGCCGGCGGUGGCGGCGGCAAAAAGGGCGAGCAGCCUCCGGAAUGUAAUCAGCAGUGAGGCGGAGAGGUGAUAAGAAGAGAGAGGGCCGGAUGGGUGUAGAGUGUGUGUGGUCAAUUCAUGGAUAGCAAGAACCAACCUACACCAAUUUUAGCCGCGCGGUCCGUCGUCAUCAUCGUCCUAUCUGAAACGUGCUGCUCCUCCAUCAUAAACACAAUUUUGUUUGUUUCUGUGUGUCGUGUUCUUUAUGAGCGUUGACGUUCUCGUUGCACACCCCGCCAACAUCUGGGUGCACUCACACACACAUACACGCACACAGAGUCAGAACUCAUUGUAUCCGUAGCAAAAUCCAACAUCAUCGCAUAAACAAACAGGGAAAAUCGGAAGGCCAAGUCUUCAGGAAGCAGUGUGUCAGUUAGUACUGACUAAAACAGGGGUAGGGAAAACGUUUAGAAAGCGAAGAGCAGGAUAUUAGGGGGCAAGAGGCAGCGGCAGUAACAGGCGUGUUUCGACGAGGGAGAGAGAGAAGGAACGUGGUUGAACGAGCGAAAAUGAUUAACAGCAAAAUUCUGUCGUAAUUCCGCUACGGGCAUGCAUAGAUACCUUGGUCGGAAAAGAAUCUUGUAUUCCUGAUAAUCGACAUACUCUAGCGAUGCUAAGUUUCAUUCGAAGUUAAGUUGUCUAUUAUACACCGUGCUACACACCCACAUCAUCAUAUACGCUAUACAUACACAACAAAACUCUAAACUACAACACACAACUCCAUACUUAGUAGGCGAUGCGCACACGUCCGCGCGUGUCGUUCGCGGCCACGAAACGACGAUGCGCUAAUGCUGUGGCCAAGAGCGCCAUCCUCCAGGAGCGAGAAGGAGGAAACGUGUGUGGAAUGUGUGUGUGUUUCGCGUACUUUGAAUUCCAUUUGUUAAACCUAUAUCAAAGCAGAAGGCAGUUGUAUCUCUCGUAGAAAAGAAAAGAAAAAAUGGCAAACGCUUUUGCUCUCGCCUUUCCACUACUGUAACAGCAACAGAAAACAAAACAAACGGAACACGACUCGAACCAGCCAGGAUUACACUACACGAAAGGAAGAGAACAACCUAUACAUUAAUAAAAACUUGUAUUUUUGUUAUCGGGAAAACCACCAACAUGGUACUAUUUCUAAUAA